AAGAUGUUCGUCUUUCAUAUCUAGUCAACGGGAAAAUCUUAAAGCAAUUGCUUUUAACAAAUAAAAAUAGCUAAUGCAUCCCAAUUUGCAUUUCCAACACGAAAAUCAGUGAAGCCUUUUAGUGGAAACUCCGUGAACAGAAAAUGUACAAAGUUUCAAACUUUCGGCCAAAUCCAAAAGGCUCUUAUGAACCAACUGAAAGAAAUCCAUGCCUAUACUCUCAGAAAUGGCAUAGACCAUACCAAAAUUCUCAUCGGGAAGCUACUUGAGAUCCCAAAUCUCCAAUAUGCACAUUUGCUCUUUAUCCAUACACCCACGAAGCGAACUGCGUUUAUCUACAACAAGCUCAUCCAAGCCUUCUCUCUCCAUGGACAACAACGUCAAAGCUUAUCGCUUUACUCUCAAAUGCUUCUUCAAGGAUGCCCACCAAAUGAAUACACUUUCAACUUCCUCUUUUCAGCAUGCACUUCUUUGUCUUCUUCUUCCCUUGGACAAGCCCUCCAUACCCAUUUCAUCAAAUCGGGUUUUGAACUCGACCUGUUUGCCUCCACGGCUUUGCUUGAUAUGUAUGCUAAGAUGGGUAUGUUGGAGUUUGCACGCAAGGUGUUUGAUGAAAUGCAUGUGCAAGAGAUACCCACUUGGAAUGCUAUGAUUGCAGGCUAUGCAAGGUUUGGGAAUAUGGUGGGGGCAGAGGAAUUGUUUUUGUUGAUGCCUCCUAGGAAUGUGGUUUCAUGGACGGCCAUGAUUUCUGGCUAUUCUCAGAACAAACAAUAUGAGAAGGCCUUGGAGUUGUUUAUGAAAAUGGAAAACGAGAAGGUUUUAAAGCCCAAUGAAGUAACCUUAGCAAGCAUUUUACCAGCUUGUGCAAAUCUUGGGGCGCUAGAGAUUGGGCGGAGGAUUGAAGCCUAUGCUAGAAAAAAUGGAUUCUUUAAGAAUGUAUAUGUGAGCAAUGCUAUAUUGGAGAUGUAUGCCAGGUGUGGUGAGAUCGAUAUUGCUUGGCGUUUGUUUGACGAGAUUGGAAGUCACAGAAAUUUAUGCUCUUGGAAUUCAAUGAUCAUGGGUUUGGCUGUUCAUGGACAAUGUGCUAUGGCUCUUGUGCUUUAUGAUCAAAUGCUAAGAGAAGGAACCACGCCUGAUGAUGUGACAUUUGUGGGACUCCUCAUGGCAUGCAUCCACGGAGGUUUGGUUGAAAGAGGCAGGCAAAUCUUUAAUGCAAUGACAAAUGAUUUCCACAUUAUACCCAAACUACAACACUAUGGUUGCAUGGUUGAUCUCCUAGGCCGUGCUGGGAAAUUGAGGGAAGCUCAUGAAACCAUACUAAGUAUGCCGAUGAAACCAGACUCAGUAGUAUGGGGUGCUCUUUUGGGAGCUUGCAGCUUCCAUGGAAAUGUUGAGGUGGCUGAGAUAGCAGCUGAAUCACUUUUUGCCCUUGAACCUUGCAACCCAGGCAACUAUGUCAUUCUCUCCAACAUUUAUGCAUCAGCUGGUCAAUGGAAUGGAGUUGCAAAGCUCAGGAAAGUGAUGAAGGGUGGCCAAAUAACAAAGGCAGCUGGGUAUAGUUUGAUUGAAGAGGGAGGCCAACUUCAUAAGUUCAUCGUGGAAGAUAGAUCACAUUCAAAAAGUGAGGAAAUAUUUGCUUUACUAGAUGGAGUUUAUAGAAUUAUAAAGCUUCAAAGAAGCACAUUUGAUUUUCAUUCUAUACUUGAUUUGAACAACUACUCAUAGUAUGUCAUCAUGGUGGAUUCCCCAAAACAUAAUUGCAGAAACGAACUGCGUGUGUGUCGA